AUCUACAUCUUCACUAAAUGGUUAUAUAGCUGAUCACUCUGGAUCAUCAACAAGCUCAACUGUUAGUUGUGCAACGGGAGAAGAAUUAUUUUUAGUUCCAAAAGUUCCUCGUGAUUCUUUUGUAUCUAUUUCAUCUUCUAGUAGUUGUUCGUCAAAUGGAAUUGUUUUGCAACAAAUAAAAACAAAAUACAAAAAAAUGCAAUUUUUACCAAAAAAUAAUACUUCUCAUCCAGUAUUGAUGUGUCCUCGGUGUAAUUUUUAUUUUCCUGGAAUUAAAGAUCCUCCUGAUGGUCCGGAGUACAAGAAUGAAGGCACUAAUAUUGCAAAAUGUUUUGAUCUACCUUCCAAAGUUAUGACGUCAAGUAAUUCAAAAAAUAAAAAGAAAUUAAAGAAAACUAAUAAAGUUGAGUUGAAAAAAGAAUUGCUGAGCACCAAAGAAAAUAUUGAAAUAAUUGAUCCUAAAGAAGAACCAAGACCAGAACAUCAUAAACUUCCUGAAAUAAAUGAAAAGUUAUCAGUUUCUUUUAAUAUUGGUUCAAAAGUAUUUGCCUAUUGGAUUAGUGACAAAUUAUUUUAUCCAGCAACUAUAAUUGAAACAAUAUUUCCAAAAUAUAAAGUAGAGUUUUUAUCAGAUCAUGUAAUUAAGUCAAUAACUGAAGAUGGGCUAGUGCACAGUGAUGCUUUAAGACAAGGAAUGCCUAUUGGGAUAUUUGAUACUGUGUCCCAAGAAUACAAAGUUGGCGAUAUUGUCUCUAUUCAUGAGAUAGGCAUUGAAGAUAAAAAUUAUACAGUUGAUUUAGAUUCCGAAGUAGUUGAUGUUUCAUUUGAAAAGUUAGUACUAAAUAUUGAGCAAGCAAAAUGUAUACAAGAAAAGACUUUGCAUAAUAAUGUUUCAAAUUUUAGUCCACGUGAAAACUUUGAUGGAAAAAGAAUUCGUCUAUCUCGAUCAACUAAUACCAAAAAACAAAGACAACAAAUUGAAUCAAAAACUGGGGAAGAAACAAAUAAACGUAAAAAAAAUAAACUACAAACUGAUAAGAAGCGUAAGUGUUUAUUUCCAUUAGAAAAAGAUCCUAGAGAUAUUCCUAGUACUAGUACUGGAAUAACCGAAAGUAUAUAUCAUCUUUCCCCUCAAUAUUCAUCACAGACAGAUUCGGAUUUUGACCAUAUAAGAGAAGAACUAACUACUGUAGAUAUGUUUCACUUGAAAGACUCUCAAAUUGAUAGUGAUCAUUCUUCUGUUGAAAAAAGUCCAAUUAAAAUUGAUUGCAAUGAAAGUACAAAAAUUGUUAAAGUUUUUUCUAAUUUAAGUUUUGUAAUUAGUUAUUCAAAAUACAAACGACGUCCAAUGCCUAAUGACAGUGAUCAGAGUUCAGAUAAUGAAUUUGAUUCAAGUCCAGAUUACUUUGCUCCAUCUGUAAUACAUAAAAAGUCUCUAAUAAAACAAAUAACAAAGUUUGGUGGAGCAAUUUAUAGAUGUUUAAAUCUUGUACCUAAAAACCAAUUAAAGUCAUGUUUUCUCAUCACUGAUACACCAUCACAUACCUGUAAUUAUUUUUUAUCCAUAGCUCUUGGUGUUCCUGCUUACCAUCAUAAUUAUAUUCAGCAAGCAAUCGAACAAAAAAAAAUAUUUACAGAAGUAAUCAUAGGCAUUCAACCAUUACCAAAUGGUUGGUCUUUGGAACUAAAAAAAAUGAUAUUUCGAUCUUCUGAAACAAAUCGUUCUAAAAUAUUUGCAGGAUAUAUUAUAUACAUUGCUUUAGCAGAAAAACCUAGUAGACUAUUUUGGGCUGGAUUGCUAAAAUUUACUGGAGCCAUAGUUUAUACAUCAUGGAAAAAUGGAGUAAAAAAACCAUUAACAAGCCACAUUGUUGUUAUAUUGACAGAUUCUCAAUGCCCAGCUAUACUUCAAAAAUGUGAUUUCCCAAAACUCUCAAUUACUUGGGUUAUACAAAGUUUAAUUUGUGAGUCAGUCAGACCUAUUGAUGGACAUGAACAUUACAUUGAAAUUUCAGAUACAGAAUAAUAAUUUGACAAAUAAAUUCUUACAAUUAUAUUUUAUAUAGAAUUUUUAGUAUUAUUAAACUUAAAAACCCUUUAUAAAUUUAUUUUUAAUGAAUUUUGAAUUAUUGCUACAUGUACCUUUUUUAUUUAUUGUUAAUUUCAUUUAAUUUUAGUGAAUUUAUUUAUGGUAGGCAAUAAAGUCUAUGUUAAUUUUUUAACUAAUGUACUAUAAUUACCUCAAUUAUUUAAUAUGGAUUGUUGUAAAACAAUAUAACUACUUUUUUAACUGGAAACAAUGAUUUCCCAUGAUUAAAAUUUAACAAGUGUAAAUUAUUUCUCAUUUCUAAUACUUUUUUUACUUGUUUUUAUUUUAUUUAUGUAUUUAAUAUAAAAAUAAUUGUAUACUAUUGUAUUUUCGAACUAAUUGUAUUUACAGGAGUUAUGGUGAUCAGUUAUAAAUAUUAAACUAUAAAUUAAAAGUUAAGUUUUAUGUUAGUUUAUGUUUUCUUGUUACUAGUUUUAUAUUGUAUAUAUGUUAAUAAAUUUUAUUCAUUUCAUAUUA